CACAAGCAACAGUAGAAAAAAGGGUCCAUUGUCCAUUUCCAUCAUAACCAAAGCCAAAAAAAGCAAAAGGAGAACACAGUGAAGAAAGAAGAAAGGUAAAGUGAAGAAAUUGUUGUUGAAGAAGAAGGAGAAGGGGUUUUGUUUUUGGUUUGAAGAAGAUCGAAGAAAUGCCGAAUCAAAAGCAAGGAAGUGAACAGCUACAAACACUGAUGCAAUCUGGGCAAAUUUCUGGGUCUUUUAGCUUUAAUGGAACCUUAUCUAAAGAAGAUGAAGAGAUGUCAAGGUCUGCGCUUUCUACUUUCAAAGCUAAGGAAGAAGAGAUUGAGAAAAGGAAAAUGGAAGUAAAGGAAAGAGUUCAAGCUCAACUGGGUCGGGUUGAAGAAGAAACCCGACGUUUAGCCAUUAUUCGUGAGGAACUAGAAGCAUUAGCUGAUCCAAUGAAGAAAGAUGUUCAAACGGUUCGUAAGAGGAUUGAUGCUGUCAACAAAGAGUUGAAACCCCUGGGACAGACCUGCCAGAAGAAGGAAAAAGAGUACAAAGAAGCUCUUGAGGCCUUCAAUGAAAAACACAAGGAAAAAGUCCAGCUAAUAUCAAGAUUGAUGGAGCUGGUGGGGGAAAGCGAGAAAAUGCGGUUGAAGAAGUUGGAGGAGCUGAGCAAGAGCAUUGAAACAAUACAGUGAAUAACCAGUAAAAUCUCCCCUGACUAAUUAGGCUUGUGUGAUGUAUUUAAGAAAGUUCUUUUUCUCUAUUUAUAUAUGCGUGUGGCGUUUGAUUGUAUUUCCUUUUCUCUUUUCCGUGUUGUUGUCUGAUCAUUUUAGCUUUUGGAGGGAUGAUCAGUGUCUAAUUUUAGGUCUCUUAAGGGAAAAGACAGACCCUCUAAUACAGGUUUGUAACUAAAACAAGUCUCAGAACAGUGGAUUCUUUUACUUUUUGUCUUCACAUCUCAA